AGAGGAGCUUAGGCCACCACCUGCUGGUCACUUGGGCUCUAGCAUGUGGCUUCCUCUGCUGCUGGGUGCCUUGGUCUGGGGAGUGCUGUGGUUGCUCCGGGACCAGCAGACCCUGCCCCGCAGCGAUGCCUUCAUCUUCAUCACUGGCUGUGACUCGGGCUUCGGGCGGCUUCUGGCACUACGACUGGACCAGCAGGGCUUCCGUGUCCUGGCCAGCUGCCUGACCCCUGCAGGGGCUGAGGACCUACAGCGGAUGGCCUCCUCCCGCCUUCACACCAUCCUGCUGGAUGUCACUGAUCCCCAGAGUGUCCAGUGGGCAGCCAAGUGGGUGAAGACACAGGUUGGGGAAGCAGGGCUGUUUGGUCUGGUGAACAAUGCUGGUGUGGCUGGUAUCAUUGGGCCUACACCAUGGCUGACAUGGGAUGAUUUCCACCGGGUGCUGAGUGUGAACACCCUGGGUCCCAUCGGGGUCACCCUUGCCCUACUGCCCCUGUUGCAAGAGGCCCAUGGCCGGGUAGUCAACGUCACCAGUGUCCUGGGUCGCCUGGCAGCCAAUGGCGGCGGCUACUGUGUCUCUAAGUUUGGCCUGGAGGCCUUCUCUGACAGCCUAAGGCGGGACAUGGCUCCUUUUGGUGUAAGGGUCUCCAUCGUGGAGCCUGGCUUCUUCCGAACCCCCGUGACCAACCUGGAGAGUUUGGAGGGUGCCCUGCAGGCCUGCUGGGCGCGGCUUCCUUCUGCCAUGCAAGCCCAGUAUGGAGAGGCCUUCCUCACUAAGUACCUGAAAGUACAGCAGUGUAUCAUGAACCUGCUCUGUGACCCGGACCUGACCAAGGUGAGCAGGUGCCUGGAGCAUGCCCUGACUGCCCGUCACCCCCGAACCCGCUACAGCCCAGGCUGGGAUGCCAAGCUGCUCUGGCUGCCAGCCUCCUACCUACCAGCCAGCCUGGUGGAUGCUGUGCUCACCUGGGUCCUUCCCAAGCCUGCCCAGGCAGUCUCCUGAAUCCAGCCUUCCAGCAAGAGAUUGUUCUGUAAGAGCCAAGACUCUGUCUGACUUAUUUCUGCCGCUGCCCUGGAACUGCCUGGUGCCAGGCACACAGUAGGCACCCGAUAAAUGUGUAUUGUUUCAACAAACAAAAACAAAAAAAAAUAGGUGAGAAGAAGUGAAAGACUGACCCCAUUUAACUGCUAACCUCCCUAACC